GUGGAGGCGCUGGAGGACGAGCUGGAGUCCAUCGGCCGGUUCCGUGCCAUUGAGGUGGAGCAGCAGCAGCGUUUGCGCACCCUGCUGGCCUCGAGUGACAGUGACCGCUUGCUGACAUUCUUCGACAUUUGGAAGCGGUACACCCAAGGUGAAUGGGGUUUGCGCAGAGUGGCUGGAGAUCUCGAGAAGGUGCAUGGCUUUUGCCAUGAUCGCGACAUCCAAGUGUGCGCUGGCAGUGUUUUCGACGAGCUGCUUACAAAAGCAUCGCUUCUAAGCCGUGUGCAGCGCUUCUUCUGCGCUCGGAGCAAGAUGCUUUUCCUCUUGUUCUACGCUGGCCAUGGCCGGCCUGGGACAGGUGACUGGAUCAUGGAGGAUGAGGAUGUGAGCUUUGCAGACAUCCUCCAUCUCUGGCAGCAUGGCCUUCGCAUGCCUGGCGCAUCUUUGCUGAUCAUCAGCGAUGCCUGUCACAGCGGUGCAUGGGUCACAGAGGCCGCCCGCGCUGGACGCUCCGAUGUCAUGGUGCAGGCAUCUUGUGCUGCCCUGGAGAAGGCCUUGGAUGGGGUCUUCAUCUCUUUGUGGCUCCUGGUGCAGUGUGGGGAGGUGGCACCACAGCACGCCCUGAAGCACUUGGAGUCUUUGGAGCGACAUCCCUGCAUUUACAAGGAAGUGCAGAACGAGCUCCCUAGCCUGGGCUCGGGCUGGCCGCCCCCGAAGCUGCUGGAGCUGCCUUCCAAGACAGAUGCCACAGCCAGCGCCACAAGGCGCAACUCUGCCGUGCUCUUCGUGCAUCAAGAACACUGCCGUAUACGCCGCAGGGCUGCUAGGAGGAGAGAACGAUCUGCACCGUGCAGUGGGCAAGCUCUGCCAUUGCAUGAAUUGGGCGCUGAAAGUUGUAAUUUUGUGCCGGAACGGGGACGGUACCCCAAGGGUCUGCACCCAGAGGCAGUAACGCUUGUGGAGCAGCUUGCAGAGCAAGACUGCGAUGCACCAGUGUUGGUGAACCUGUUGGACCGCGCCUGCGCUGCAGCAGCAGACUCGCAGCUGCGAUCAAGCCUGAUCAGCGCGGGGCUGCAAGAGGCCCUGGGGUCCAUUUUGCUUGGCGCUGCUGACGCUCAAAAUGUGGACCUAGCGCGGGCUGCGCUGUGUAGCCUGUGGAACCUCGCCAGUUCCCACCGUGCUGCAGUGGCGGGCGGCACUGUGCCGCACGCCUUGUGCGACGCACUGGCAAUUCGGUCUCCGGUUGUGGUCGAGUGGAGCGCCCGCGUGGUGUGGCUGCUGGCGGAGGAGCCCGCAGCGCGUGAGCACCUCCUGGCCUGCAACGUGCUUCAUGCACUGCGCUCGUGCGCCCAAAGCGGCACGCAGUGGGUCGCAGUAGAAGACCGACCUGCAGAUGCACUUGGCUGGACUGAUGGCGAGGACAGAGCAACGAAGGACUGGAAGAGGUGCCUUCUCACUUGGGUUUUGAUUGGAUGGGCAAACGUCGUGGAGGAUAAGUUUGCCCCAAUGAAGCUUCUGCGCUCCCUGAGGGCUUGGAUGCCCUACAGAGGCUUGAGGCCCGAGCCGGAAGGCAUGACUUGGAUGCAAGCAGAUGGGCGCAUGCGACGACAAGCCGAGAGGACCUGGCUACGAGAAGUGGUGGCCUGCUGGCAUGGCUUUGUAGCCUCGCUGCUGCCACCGUUGCAGCUACUUUGCUGGCUGCGGCCCUUCAUCCCGCACAGAGGCCUCCGGCCUGAGCAAGAGGAAGAGAAGGUCAUGACCUGGCCGGAACUGGAGGAACGUAUGCGUGAGCAAAGCUUCAGGUACUGCCUCCUUACUUCUUUUGAGGCCUGGCUGACCUGGCUCUCCACGGAGCGGCGCCAAGAUUCCGUGAUGUGGGUCAUUGACACCUCAAGGUGGCCCAGGCCGUGGCACAGCACUGAGCGGACCUGGGCGCCCGCGGGCCGCAGCCAGCGUCGCGCGGAGUGGGCGCGGCACAAGGCUGUGCAGCUGCGGGAUGCCGAGGAGGAACGGCAGCGGCAGCUGCGGCAGCGUGCGGAGGAGGUGGCGGCAGUGGCAAGCCAUGCGCGGCAAGCAGUGGAGGAGGAGGUGUUGCAGGAUCGCCGGAGGCGACCAACUCUGCGACCUUAUGAGUUUCCUGCCGUUCUCCGCAAUGACACGGAACUUUCUCCUCGUCGCGAGACGUACGACUCGCCCCGCGCAUCCCCAAAGAAGACAUCGCCGCGGUGA